GCAUUAUAUUAUUUGUCCAUCAACCACCCAGUUUGUGAUAAACCGGAUUAGAUGUAUAAACACUACUCGAUUUGAUGGAUUUCUAUCUUCACCCCCUCUUCCUAAUUACUUCAUGCCUCCACCUUCUCUACGCGUAAUUAGAAUCCGUUAAUCAUCACAAUAAUUAAAGUGAAAAAGGUUGGUCGUCAUCACCAAAAUUUCUCUUGGUAGGUGCGUGACAUAAGUCAGACCUUACAACUAACUCUAUCUCUUUCUUUCUGUCUCCGUCGGCGGCGUCUAUAUGGUACGCACCGCCGCACUGAUGUCGAAAAUGAGGGACAGCGGCGAGAUGGCAUACGGAAUGGGGGGCCCUUAUAGACACUUCACGGACACGAUCCCGAGACCGUUGCUGGCGGCGAUGACCCUGCAGGCCCGCUCUUCCCUCGCCGUCUUCUUUCUCAUGCUUCUCUGCGUCGGCGCGUUCGUCUCCACGCGCUUGCUUGACUCCACUCUCAACUCCGCUACUGUUAGUGGAAAAUCCUCCAAGAAGUCAAUGUUAACUUUCCCGACAUUUUCCAAUGACACCCACAACACACCAAAAACGCCUCAAACAAUAGAAAUCCCACUGGAUUGCUCACUUGAAAAUCCUACGCAAAGCUGCCCUCCAAAUUAUUACCCAUCAAAGCUGCCCACAGAAAUCCAAGACUCCCAAACAACACCUCCACCAUCAUGCCCAGAAUACUUCCGUUGGAUCUAUGACGACUUGUGGGCGUGGAGGGAGACUGGAAUAACCAGAGAAAUGGUGAUGAGGGGCAGGAGAACCGCCAACUUCCGGCUGGUCAUAGUGGAUGGGAUUGCUUACUACCAGAGAUACCGCAAGUCAUUUCAAAGUAGAGACACUUUUACCUUAUGGGGCAUUCUACAACUGUUAAGAAGGUAUCCUGGAAAAGUGCCCGAUUUGGACCUAAUGUUUGACAAUGUUGAUUGGCCCGUCGUCAAGAAGAGUCAUUUUCCAGGUCCAAACAACACAACCCCACCACCACUGUUCCGAUACUGCGGGGACGACGCUACUUGGGAUAUUGUCUUUCCUGAUUGGUCAUUCUGGGGAUGGCCUGAAAUCAAUAUUAAGCCAUGGGAGGUUUUAUCAAAGGAGUUGGUGCAAGGGAAUAGAAAGAUCAGUUGGGUGGAGAGAGAACCAUAUGCAUACUGGAAAGGAAACCCUGAAGUUGCAGAAACCAGAAAGGAUUUGCUCAAGUGUAACAUCUCUGAGAAGCACGAUUGGGGUGCUCGUGUGUACGCCCAGGACUGGAUCGAAGAACAAAAGAAAGGUUACCAGCAGUCCAACCUAGCUGACCAGUGCAUUCACAGAUACAAGAUUUACAUUGAAGGAUCAGCAUGGUCUGUUAGUGAGAAAUACAUAUUGGCAUGUGAUUCUGUAACUUUACUAGUAAAACCACAUUACUAUGAUUUCUACACCAGAGGUUUGAUGCCAUUGAAGCACUACUGGCCAAUUAGGGAUGAUGACAAAUGCAGGUCUAUUAAGCAUGCCGUUGAAUGGGGUAAUAGUCAUGUGCAAAAGGCACAAGAGAUUGGGAAGGAAGGAAGCAAAUAUAUUCAGGAAGAAUUGAAGAUGGAAUACGUGUAUGACUACAUGUUCCAUCUGUUGAAUGAGUACGCGAAGCUCUUGAAGUACAAACCAACAAAGCCUCAAGAUGCGGUUGAACUUUGUUCAGAGAGGAUGGCUUGCGGAGCGAAAGGAUUGGAGAAGGAAUUCAUGUUGGAGUCCCUGGUGAAAAGCGCAUCACUCACACCACCCUGCACAAUGCCACCUCCCUUUGAUCCAGCAAGUCUCCACACUGUUGUGAAAUCCAGAGAAAACACAAUAAAGCAAGUGGAGUCAUGGGAAGACCUUUACUGGCAACAUUAAACCCCGCCUGACAUAUACAUGAAGCAUACGUGAUAUAUAGAUACGGAGUAUAUAUAUAUAUAUAUAUAUACACACACACACACACUUACAUACGAGGGUAUACUUGUAGUGUAGCUGCAUUAUAUAUAUACGUACACACUUCUAUAUCAUGCUUACUAUGAGUUUAUGUUUUUCUAGCUCUAUCCCAUUGUAUACAUCUAACAAUGUCAGAUCAAUCAACAUUAUACUUUUUUCUUAGAGAAAUUGCCCGAUAUAGGAGUAAACAUUAACAUAAUUGCACAAAUAGGAGUAAAACUUAAAAUUUCCUUCGAUAGGAGUAAACAUUAAUUUUGUACCCUUAAUAUCCCUAACCUAGUAAAUUCUAAAAUUUGACUUAUUUGAUCCUAUUAAAAAAAAUUAAGUUCAUUCACUUGGAACCAUACCUUUAUGCAGGCCAUUUAAUUUUAAAAAUAAUCUAAGUUCAUCCCAACAAUAUUAAAAUAUUAAAAAUUAAAAAAGUUAUUUUUGUAAAAAUAAAAAAAUUUAAAAAUGAAUAAAUAUUAGAUAAAUUGUAUUAAAAAAUAUAAAAAAAUUAUGCAGGCCUUUCCCGCAGCCUCGAUCAUCACCCAACAAUGUCACCUCCGAUCGGUGAAAUAAUUUCAUUUUAUGUAAAAACUA